AUGUUCGCCGGGUACCCUUCGCAGCUCAUUCUCCGCUUUGCUUCCGUCUGGUACUGUACCUCUGGAGAAGCAAAGCGUCCCCAAGCGCAGCCGAAGCUCCCAGAAAACACACGGCAUGGGCAGCUUCUGAGCUAUGACAGGAGCGAACAACUACGACCAGCAUGUUUCUGCCGUGGGUUGAUUUACAAUCGACUCAGCAAUUCUUGGAACAUCUUGGAGGAACACGAGACCAAGUACGUCGCCCUGAAGGCAGAGCCGGACCCGGCUCCCGCCGCGGAGCCGGAGCGGGCGACCGCUCCGGCUCCGGCGCUGGGCGUCAAAGUACGCCAAGAGGAAGCCGAUUUCCCACCCGACUCCGACACGCCGGGCUUGGUGCGCUGCGGUUCUGCGGCCGCCCUGAAGGAGGAGGAAAUGGAGGUGAAAGUGGAUCCUCACGAGGUCAUGAGCGCAGAGGAACAGGACCUGCGAGAGGCCCUGAAGGCCGCCUUCGCGCGGCUCAAGGUCGCCGCCGCGAGGUGGAGCGAAGAUGGAGAAGAUGACCAUGGCGCCUCCUGCGUGCAUUGUUUUCGGAGAUUCUCACCCAGCUGCGCGCCGGGGCGGCUCUACUUGAGGGACAGCUUGACCGCGCCGUGGCCCUCAGUGAAGUUGCUUCGGACCAACGGUCAGGUGGUCUGGCGGCCUGAAUGGUGUCUUCCGCAUUUCCAAGGGCCUGGCUCCUGGGAGGAGGGCGCCUCGAUGGGCGGUCUCUUCAGCUGGGCGCUGGAACCGGGCCACGUGAACUUCGGCGAGGGCUUUGAGGUGAACCUGCGCGACGAGCCCGGGCCUGACAGUCCGGACCUCGAGGAGGAUCGCUUGCCCAACGACUUCCUCUUGAGCUUCCGGCGUGGCCAUUCCGAAUGGCACUUCAGCGCGGGCAGCCGUGGCAGGCCGGGAGUUCAGAAGGUGGUGGCCGAUGAGACCUUUGGGACGGUGGGGCAGCGGCACAUGUUUUGGGCCGCCUGCCUUGAAGGGAGCGAUGGAAAGCACUACGUCAUCGUGGGCACCGUGCCGGGGCUCUUGUCGGAUCACUUCUUCGUCGCGAAGGUGGUCCGUCCUCGACCACUGACUCACCUGGGCUUCUCCUUCCUCCCUGGUGCAGGACCAUCGGCCGGUUUAGAGCCUCUGUGGAUCGAGAGCAUCACCAUCUAUCCGCACGGCUUGUCGGGGGAGCUGCCCUUCGUCUCCCAUCGCUACCUGGAGGUGGUCAAGGAAGAUGAACUGGAGGUCAAGACUUUGGUCCAGAUCAAACUUGAGGAGGAGGUGAAGACGGAGGAUGCGUGGACACACCCGCCCCGAUUGGUGCUCUUUGCCAAGAAGCCCACAGGUGGCACGGAGAACGAGAUGCGCGCUCGCUUGGAAUCGUGGUGUGCGGAUGCCAGGCGAGAGCUUGGCCUUCGCGAGGAGAAGGUCCGAAGCCCAUCCUCUACAAAGAGGCGCCGCUUGGCUCCCGCUGCUCACAUGUCCGAGACCGCUCCGGUGUCCUGGGUGCCGCUGGCGGAAGCUUCGGGAUCUAACGGAUUCGGCCAACGGGUUUGGUUCCGGUCAUGGAGUGAGAGGUAG